GAGGUGAAGAAGCUGUUCCUGAAACAUUGAGUGUGCGUGUCUUUAGGCUCCUGUACCUUUUCCUUGAUGGUUGCGAUGAAAAGAGGGCAUAUACGGGGUGAUGGGGGUCCUAAUAAUAACUGCUUCCUUCUUGAAGCAUUGCCUUUUGAAGAUGUCCUCAAUGCUGCGGAAGCUAGCGCCCAUGGUGCGUCUGGCUGAGUUUCGCCAGACAGUGCUGCAACAAGUUAGAAUGCUCUCUGUGGUACAUCGGUAGAAAUUUGUGAGAGUUUUUGGUGCAGACCAGGACUCCACAAACUCCUAAUGAAAUAUAGCUACCACUAUGCCACCUUUGUAAUUGCCUCAAUAUGUUGGGCCCAGGAUAGACCUCCAGUGAUGUUCACACACAGGAACUUGAAAUGCUCACUCUUGCCCCUGCUGGUCACUUGAUGAGGACUGGUCUGCAUUCCCUUGACUUCCCCUUCCUGAAGUCCACAAUAAAUUCCUUGCUUUUACUGAUGUUUAGUGCAAGAUUUUUGCUGUGAAACCUCUCAAACAUCUGAUCUAUCUCACUCCUGUAGCAGCUUCUUCAUCAUCUGAACUUUUGCCAACUAUGGCAAAUGCUUAGAUGGUGUAUGGGCAUAAUGCAGUUGUUAGCUGGGGUCAGGAUUUACAUCAUUUUAUUGCUUACCCACAAAUUAUUCAACUUACAUCACUAAAGUGUAUGGACAAUGAGCAUUACAUUUACUAGGUUACCAUUGGAGGACAUAAUUAAAAUCAAAAUACUGAAGUUGACACACAGUUCCAAAUAAAUAUGACUAACAACACCAAGUAUUGGAGUCGCACAUAUCAAGUACUAAUUAUGAAUGAAUUCCAGAAUUGAAUUCUACAAUAUCCAAUGAAUCCGCACAAAAUGCUGGAGGAACUCAACAGGCCAGACAACAUCUAUGGAAAAGAGUACACAGGCAACAUUUUGGGCUGAGACCCUUCAUCAGGAGUGGAGAAAAUAAGAUAAGGUUAGAGUAAGAAGGUGGGGGGAGAGGAGGAAGAAGUACUAGGUGAUAGGUGAAAGCAGGAGAGGGGGAGGGGUGAAGUGAAGAGCUGGGAAGUCGAUUGGGAAUCUGAUAGGAGAGGACAAGAGGCCGUGGAAGGAAGGGAAGUGGCGGUGGGGGGUGGGGGAAGCACCAGAAGAAGGUGAUGGACAGAUAAGGUGAGAAGGGCCGCCUGGCCUGCUGAGCUCCUCCAGUAUUUUGUGUGCCUUUCUUGGAUUUCCAGCAUCUGCAGAUUUUCUCUUGUUUGUGAUCCAAUUAAUUUACAUGAUCUUCCAUCGCUCCACUUAUACAAACCUUAAGUGGAAUUUCCGCCAUCUCCUGCAGACGAGGUAAUACUUCACUGAUUAAUUUCACGAGGCUCUUACCAGAAAGAUCCAACUCCCUGAAUUGAUCACCAACGCCCCCCUCCCAUACUUCAUCUAAUCAGACAGCACUCGCAAAAUAAUUUAAACAUUUUAUCUUUAAGAAUCCGUAACUUCCAAUGAACGCGAAGAACGUGAAAAGCUUGUCCCAGCAUGAAAGACUGCUUGCUCUUUCGCUAAUAGGUUCCAUUUCCUCCGAAGCGUUCCUGUCUCUACGUUAUGCUGGCGUGAACCUUGCGAACAAAUUUGGCCAAGUGGAGCGACGUCGGGAAAGUUGCCCCUGCUCGGAGUCAUUUACUUCAGCCAGAACAAAGAGCGCAGGCUGGAAUAUCGAUGCAAUGCUGAUAAAGGAUCCAGGUGUCAAUGGGAGACACACAAAUAAAGGACGUUUCCAGGGAGACUAAAGGGCGCCUCCUCCACCGACACAGCUCCAGUCAUUCUGUGAAGAUAGCGGAACAACCUAGAGGAGCUGGACGCCGUUUGGAAAUCCUUUGAAGAAAAUCUCCAUAAUAGCAUUCCUCUCGACCGUCUCCGGAGCCCCGUGGACUUCUGCCCAGCCCUGAGGCACCGGCCUCCGUCUGCCACACAGGACACACCAGACCCCAGACUUGAAGUUUCCGUUUUCCGAUGGAAAUCUCCAGGGAACCUAAGCAAAACACAAACAGCCCAUUGUAAGGAUUGAGAGAGCCCGGCCAGUUCAGCAAACGCGCCACGUUACUAUGAAACAAGAUGGGAACCAUUAAAGAUCUCAAUAGUUUGCAGUUUUCAGCUUCAGAUCCAGUUGAGAUGGAGAACAGGGGCACGCCGGAGACUGACGUUGUCAUUGCCUCUUGUCAUCUACAAGAAGAGAAAGAUGGGAAACCGGCGAUCCAGUCCAAGUGCUCUGUUCUUUGUUCUAACACUUGCUCGGCCAGCAACCUGAACACCAGCCACCCGCCAGACAUCAGCGCUAAAUGUGCCAACGCAGAAGUGGAUAAGCCCAGCGAAGCGCCUGGGCAGGCGCUAGAUUUAAACAAAGAACGGGGGCAGGAAGAAUCGAGCGACAGCUCCGGCAACAACACUGCGGACAUUAACACAGAAGUAGACCAAAACAGAAAAGCAAACAAAAGGUCUGACAGCGCGGACCCAAAUGUCGAGGUCCCCUUUCAGGGUUGCGGCGAGGAGACCACGGGAACGGAAAGAGACCACCGCAGUAACCUCCAAAACCCCUCUGGUCUGGCUGAGAUAACGAAAACUAACGCGGACUCUGCCGUUCAGCCUGCUGGGAACAUGACAGAAAAUGAUGGGCAGAUCGAGAUGGAGAAUGAGGACUUGGGGGCGGUUGUAAGCCUUUCACAAUCGGCUGUGUCGGAAUCGGCGAGCCAAGACGCCGAGGUACAGGUCGCAAUCCAAGUGCAAAGCAGGUCAGUUGCCACCAGCCCGAUGGCUCCUCUAGAUAACUGUCCAGUAUUCAAAAUCCCUGACGUCAGCUGUAGAGAACAGCCAGUUGAAAAACCAGCCGCUAGCCCAUCAGACACGCCAUCUGUUACUGUACCACCGAAGAAAGAUGUUGAAAUGCAAGUGGAUAUAACUGUGCAGUGCAAAUCAGUUGCCACUGGUCCAAUGACACCUUUAGAGAAGACGCCAUUGCCCACCCUCCCAGAAGUGUCAGUGGAGGCCACGGAAGAGCAGUCAGAGCCAGUGCGCGAAGUCCAGUGGGAUGAAAAAGGUAUGACGUGGGAAGUCUAUGGAGCAUCCAUGGAUGCCGAAGUCCUUGGACUAGCUAUCCAGAAACAUUUGGAAAAACAAAUAGAGGAGCAUGGAAAGCAAAAUAUUGAGGUGUGCCAAAAUGAUAAAUCUAGUUCAUUGAAAGGAUCUUUGAGAAAGGAAGAAAAUAAGAGAAGACAGAGCAAUGUUUUUCAGGCAGUUCUACACAACAUUAGAAGUCCACAGUGUUGUAUUCGUGGGAGCACUGCAGCUGAGUAAUAUAUCUUUGAUCAGGACUGUUGACAAAUGGUUGCAAAACCUGAAAAAGUUUGUCUCAUUAGUACAUUUCCUUUUGUUUCUAAUCUUUUUCAUGUUUUGCUUGGGCAAAUUAAUAAAGCAUUAAAACAUUAAUCUGCUUCACAGAUAAUUAAAAGAUUAUAAACACAUAGAUGUGAAGCAUGAAUAUGCAUAAAGCUAAAAAUCUUUUACUUGUUCAUGUAUCUACCUUACCUAUCUUUAUAAGUUUAAACAACAGUACUUUGCAUUCCAUAAUACUUGAAUAAUAUGUAUGUAAUGGUAUACAGUACAUAGGCCCAUUGAUUUUACAUAAAACAAAGAUAGAGAGUGCUGUUUUCUCCCCAUCAAUUGGUUCUGCUGGUUGUUAUCAAGCUACAAGGGAAAGGAUGGUUGGCAGGAAGGCUUUCUGGUAUCACCCACCACGGCUACUGAAACUGUCCUCUUUGAAAUGCUUUGCAUUUCCCCAGAAGUGAUAUAGCCUUCCUUAUUUCUUUGCAGUCUUCUGCAUCUGUAGGGAAUCACAGGCCUUGUGUUGGUGUCUCCCUCCACACUAGAACCAUGGUUUGUAACAGAUGAUUGAAACCAGUUGGAUUUGAUUUUGUGAUGACAUUAGCUAAUAAUUAUUGGGCUGUCUCAUAAUAUCAUUAGAGAUUUAUUUAUGUGGUUGUAGGACUGAUUUUUAAAAGUUGUCACUUUUUUAAUUUUUGUAUUUCCAGAAAAAAACUUUUUUUUACAGAAAUUGAAUUACAUAAUUUAGUAAGCCUUCUGGGUAAGAGACAAAUUAAUUCUAAUUUAUACAAAAUGUAGACUUCUCAAAAUGAUUUUAAUAUCUUAACUGAAAUUUGUUGCUUUGCAACCAGAAGCCAUAAGAAAAACUGAACACAAAAUGUUGAGAAUAAUUGCACAGAUUCUGAAUAGAAAGCUGUUGCCUUUUGAGAAUUUUUGUUCCUAUCUUUCUUAUUGUUUUUAGAUUUCUGUCUGGAUCUUAUUCUAACUAAAUAUAAUUUGUCAGUUGAACAUAUAUAAAAAUCACCCAUGCAGUUGCCUCAUUUUAAUUGAUGUGUGAAGCCAUUUUUCUUAUGUAAUAUUCUACUAGCUGUUUUUAGAUUUGAGUAGUAUGUAUAUACUAAAUAAUUAUAGACUCAAGAUUUUGUAUUUUGUCACUUCAAAUGAUAUAUUGUUAUUAUUGAUAUUUCAGAUUCCCAAAAGCUGAAAAUGGAAGGAAGUAGCUGCUGAAUGUAAUGAUGUGUGUUUGAAAUGAUCCUUUGGGUACUAUUUGUUGAAUGGAUAGAAAUAACCACCCAGUGUUAUGGUUUCCUUCAUCCUCUCAUUGGAGAAAUUUGUAGUAUUUCUACGUUAAUUUGUUUUCCUUUGUGGAAAAAGCAUCCUGGAUUCACUUAAUAUAAGCUUUCUGUAAAAUCUUGCUGUUUUGUGACUAAUGUCAAUGCCAGAAGUUAUUUCUUUAUAAAAAAAAGUCAAGGUCAAGUUUCUGUUAUAUUGCCAUUACCAUUUUCUGAGUGGGUUGUUAAAAUAAUGUAAUCUCAGUUGUUUCAAAACACAAUAAAAUGGGAUGGAUUGAAAUAUCAAUCACACUCUUCAGUUGGGACAUUUUGUUUCUUUCAUUUGAAUGUCAACAGGAAUAGAAUUAAAUAAAUUUGUUGUAGUUAUUUCUUUAUGUAGUAUCGGCCAGCAAAAUCUGUUAAGAGUAUUAAAAUAUGAAUACCAUUUGUGAUCUUUCUUGCUUGAAAUCAUCCUUCACAGUGCUGAUAUUACAUUAAAGAACUGUUCUCAUGUAGCAUUUUGUGGUAUUGUGAUGUGUAGUAUAUUAACUUUUAUUGCAUACUUAGUUUAUUUUAAAAUGAACCAUCUGAGAACAAAAGCUAGAAUGUUUGUAUUUUCCCCCGGUUUAUUUUCUCCUGGGUCCGAUGAAGUAUUAUUUCAAGCUCAUUAGACAUUCUUGCUGCUAUAAGCCCAUCACCUGACACUCUAAUGGCUAAUUUGUUUUCCUUUUUUCUCUUUAUUAUUAAAGUGCAUUGAUUUAUUUUUAGUUUUUAAUUGUUUCAUUGCUAAGGAUGCUUGGGUAAUUUUUCAGCAGCCUCCACAGCAGUUUAUCAGCAUCCUUCAUACUCCCGGCUAUACAAUGGAAGUAUAUGAAAAUUUCUAAUAUCUAACCUGGGUAACCCCUGUUUAAUAUGUAAUUUAUAAAUAUUUACAUGAAAAUUAUUUUUCAGGUUUUAUUUAGCAUUGAAUACUUUAUUGCUGAACCACUCACUUUACGUUAGCUAAGGUAAAACUAGUAGACAAAAUUGAAGCCUGAAAAUUCCAUAUAAAUAUAAAGGACUUUAACUUUGAGGGUUUAUUUCUUCUUAUUAUACCCCAGCAAAAUCAAAUGAAAAGAGAUCCACUUUUUUUUUACUGAAGAGGAAAGAGCUUUAUAUUGAAUGUACAGUAUGUAAUAAUACUGAGGGUGAUGUAAACAUAAUGGACUAAUACUAGUUGCAAGUUAUCAACCUAAAGAUAAGCUUAUCUUAGCACAGAACUGCACAACUCAAGCAACCUUUGAGCUUUUUGUUGAUGGCUGACGUCACUUGUAGAGCAUGUGAGCGUAAAUGGCCAUUUCUCUGCUGUGUAUUACCUAUGUUACUUAUACAGUGAUGUAUUUUGUAAAUCAAAGCAAUGUGUUUCUAACUAAUUUAAAUAGCUGAUUAUUUGUAUUGCAUGGAUGCAAAGCAAUGACUAAAGUAACACUAAUGUACUGUAACUGCAUGACAAAGAUCCAUGCACAUAAAGCAAGCAAUGAAAAAUGAGAUCCAUUGAUAUUCAUUUAAUAAGCCUGUUAGAAGUCAUCACAAACAAACUGAUUCAUACCAUCUUUCAGUGCAAAAUGUUAAUAUGCUUUUGAAUGUUAUACUUUGUUCGAACGUUUCAAACCAGAAUGAUCCCAUUUUGCAAUUCCACUAUGUGAACAGAAAUGAUUUAUCAAAGCUAUCUGAGCACCUCUUGUGAAAUAUCAUAGGCUCUUUUGGUUACAUGCUAAAAUAUUAUAUACUUUAAUCCGUUCAUUUCUCCUAAAAUGGAUUCCUUAAUUUUUAUUGCUUCUAAUUCAGCAUGUGUUGAAUUGAAUUAUCGUUGAAACUGAAGGAGUGACUAUCUAAUGCUAGUAAUAAAGGGGCAACCAUUGCAGCAUGUUAUCUAUAUUGUCAAUUCUUCUAAGGUACAACAAUAUAAUUUUUCUCUGGUGUUAAAGAUGUGUUAGGGAAUCUAAACAACUGGCUGAUGUACUUUUGAACCCUGCUUGAUGUAGUUUAGUACAAUAAUUGUAUAUACCUAUUUUUUGUAUCUCACUGCUUGAACAUCAAAGACAAAUGUGCAGACAAUAGCUUGGUUGUGUUUACAUUUUUUUAUGUGGUUUGAUCUGCCAACCAUGCUGGGAGGUAAUAAGGCAUUUUGUGGCUGUAUGUAAAGCAUCCUUGAUCUAAAUUGCAAAGAUGAGUCGUAGUUUCAGGGUUUCUCUUUUUUUGUAACAGUGAAGAGCUGAAUUACAUUAAAUCAAAUUAUUUUAAUCUUGACUCUUUUAAGAUUACCCAUUUAAAAGAACAAUUUUAUUUGCCUAUUUUCUAUUAGGCUGUUUGCUGUCAGUCAUGUUGAAAACUGUUUAUUUUCCCUGCUAAAAUUAACAUUAAAAAGGUACACAAUGUGCACUGA